AUGGGUAUUCUCAAUAGCAAGGAAAGUCUUCCCAAGACUACUACCACCAUCAGUAACACAAUUGCAGAGAUUGAAAAGAAGAAAGCUGUACCAUCAAAAAAAGAAGAAACAGUUUCGUUUAGAUGUUUCAAUACAAAUUGGUCUCUCAUACGAUCAUUGGGAGAAGGAUAUUUUGGAAAAGUAUAUGAAGCAAAAGAUUUGACUACUGGUUCUCAAUUUGCUAUCAAAAUUGUGAGAUUUGAAAUUGCAAAUGAGGAGUUAGCUCGAAGAGAAGUUGAAUUUUCCAAGAAUAUUGAUAGUUCAAACGUUGUCAAAAUCUUUGAUAGUGAAGUGAUGGACAAGGAUCCAACCACUGGUCUUCCAUCGAAUGGUUGCAAGUUUUUGGUUAUAAAGAUGGAGCUUUGUCAAGGAAACUUGAAUGACAUUCUAAUUCAAUUAAUAAGUAGCAAUCAAACUCUUAGAAUUGAUGUUGUUUUUGUUUGGUUUUUCAAAAUGCUUGAUGUUUUGUGCGACUUUGAACAAAAUAAUUUAAUUCACAGAGAUUUGAAACCAUCUAAUAUAAUGAUAAAGUAUGAAGGUUCUUCCCCAACAGAGUUUGAGAAAAUUCAACUCAAGAUUGGAGACUUUGGAUUGGCAAAGAAAAUGAAUGGGAACUAUUCUAAUGUUGGUACUUCAAUAUUUAAGGCUUUGGAAAUUAUUGAACAAGAGGAGUAUGACACAAGAGCUGAUGUUUAUUCUCUUGGAAUGAUACUGUUGCAAGUUAGUUUAUUGAUUUCUGAGGGUACACUUGCUG